AUGACGGAAGCACGUUUGGUUGGCCAGUCUUCUAAAUCUUCUAAAUCUUCUUCUACUUCGUUUUCGAGCACGACUUCGACUAGCACCUCGACCAUUAUUCCAGCCAGUAUUUCAACAUCUAGCGUUCCAACCGCUGGUUCUCCCAUCACCAGUGCUCCUACCACCAGCACCCCUUCUCCAACCUGCACCAAUCUACCAACAAACACCACACUCCCCGAGAAAACAGCCACCAGCAGUAACAGCCAAGCAUGGAUCGCAGGCGCUGUCAUCGGCCCCAUCGCCGCUAUCGCCAUAGUCUCAGGCUUGAUAUUCUGGUUCAAACGCCGGCAGAAUGCAAAGCAACAGCAACCAGUCCCGGUGGUACGGCUAAAUGAAAUAUGGACACCACCACCGCCAAAUAGGACCUAUGCAAAGGUGUACGAAAAGUCGGCAUCAUCACUGCAAGAAUUGGAAUGA